ACUCUCCUCACUAUAUCAUGGUGUCUACUUUCAGAUUGCUUUACAGACAACUCAGCCACCAAAGGAGACUGGCAUUUAAUUCACUGGGAUCUGUACACCCACUACAACAGGAGAAAUGAACGGAAAGUUGGCAUUAGCCUUAGUGCUUGCACUCCAAGUCUCUGUGUGCCUGUGUCAAGUACCAGAGCCAGACAAGGAGCUGGUGGAGAAGUAUGAUGCCAUGAAGUCUGUGUUCUACAAGAGGCUGAUGAACGCCUACGGCAAGGUGCAGGCUGCUGUGGGGCCUAUGACUGAGAACCUGGGCCAGGGCCAUGGCCAGGCUGCCAAAGACUACAUCGAGGAGCUGCAGGGCAACCCCAAAUUCCUGAGCGCUGUCAAGAUCGGAACUGGUCUGGCCCAGGAAGCAGCACCCUUGGUGGACAAGGCCCGUAUGGCCGGCCUGGGUCUGUACGGACACUAUGUGCGCCCCCAUGUCGGCACCUACCUGGACGAGGCCAUCAACUCCAUCAAGGUUUACCUCGACAAAGUCCUACCCGCCGAGGAAUGAGCCCUAGAUAGCCUCCGUGGCAUCGGACCGCCCCACACGCUUGUACCUUUCCACACAGGGCUGUGCUUUAGCUGUGCUCCUGAUACAUGUAUUAAAUGCUAGAGGGGGGAAAUAACUGAAGGUGAUUGAGAAGAGAAAUGCACAAUGCAAAACGCAUCCCCUCCCGGUUUCUAUGUCAACACUUUCCUCGACAUGACUGUUCAAAGGGAAACGAAAGUCAAAUCAUGGUAGAUAGGAAGAUUGACAUCUCGAAAGAGCUUUAACAUUCAUUCAACAUUGUGCAUGUAUAUAACUAUGUGUUUGAUACUCUAACAGGAGUUUGUGUGUGUGUGUGUGUGUGUGUGUGUUUGUGUUCAAUAAAGAUCUGAAAGUUGAAACUCUC